AUGCCCAAGCCUAGAACGAAGCGCGGCCACGGUCGCGAGGAGAAGAAGCGCAAGAGACGCGAGGAAGCCGAAAGCUACGAAGCUCACGAAAACGACUCUAAGCGCCAGCGAACCACCGACGAGAACGGUUACCAAGAUGGACAGGAGGCGCAGGAGAAUGGCAUUGGGGAGAAGGAGUUUUUCGGAAUGCUCGCGGACGAGGAGCAGGAGUACUUCCGUCGCGCUGAUGAGCUCCUCGAGUUGAACCAAUUCCCCUCGGACGAAGAGCGCGACGUCUUCCUCGAGAACGUGUGGAAGGAGGCCGAGAACAAGGAGCUUAAGCUCGCCAGCAGUCAAUCUUGCUCGCGGCUGAUGGAGCGUCUAAUCCAGCUGUCCACCACAGCGCAGAAGAAGCGCCUGUUCGAGGCCUUUGCGGGACACUUCCUCUCGCUCGUGCAGCACCGCUUCGCGAGCCACUGCUGCGAGGCCCUGUUCUUGCGGUCCGCGGGCGUCGUGACAAAGGAGCUUUCUGGGUUUGUGGGGUUUGUGCUGGAUACCAAGGGUGCGGGAGGUGAUGCUGAGAAGCCCGAGGCUGCUAUGGAGCAUCUCUUCCUGGCGACGCUGGACGAGCUGGAGGGCAGCUUGUCGUACCUUAUCACGGACCGGUUUGCGUCGCAUACUCUGCGUGUCCUCCUACUCGUCCUCUCUGGUCGACCAUUGGAAGACUCUUCGUCGCGAACUCUUAUGAAGAGCAAGAAGAAGGAGAAGAUCUCUGUUUCUGGAGCCGAGGCUGCUGACGAGGCCAACAAAGGCCUGAGGGCUGUGCCUCCUUCGUUCACCAUGGCGGCCACCAAGAUUAUCCAGGACUCGACGGCGGGUAUGGAUGCGACCAGUCUACGGGUGCUCGCCAGACACCCCAUGGGCAACCCUACGCUACAGCUUCUGUUGGAGCUUGACCUGACGCUGAACAAGGGUGAGCAAAAGGCAGAUGCUGAGCGACCGACUCUCCUAUUCCAGCUGUUGCCCGGUGCUCCCAAGUCUUUGAGCGACGGCUCAUCAGAGGCUUCUGAGUUCAUCAACGGCAUGAUCUACGACCAGAUUGGAUCACGACUCAUUGAGACGCUCAUCACACACGCCCCUGGCAAGGUCUUCAAGGCUCUCAACCAAAACAUUUUCCUCCCCCGGAUAGAAGGAUACGUGCGAAACGAUGUUUCGUCCUAUGCAGCCAUCCGAGUACUGAACCGACUGAGCAAGGAUGAUCUGGUACAAGCGGUUGAGCAAAUCACUCCUACCGUACCCCAACUGGUCACAAAGUCGAGAUUCAACGUUCUCAAGACUCUCUUUGAGAGAUGUGCUGCUCGUGGCGCAAAUGACGAGAUCAAGAAGCUCAACAAGGGGCUCAAGGAGGGAUGCGGAAAGACACCGGCUGAUUUGGUUACCUACCUGUGCGGAUUCAAGGAUGAGGAGAAGAAGAAGAAGGACGUCCAGCAGUUGUCUAAGAACGAGUACGCUAUUCAGUCUCACGGCGCCCAGCUUCUCACUGCACUGCUCUCGAUACCCGGACCCGUAAAGGGCGUUCAGGAGUCUCUUCUCGCCGUUGAGCCGACUGUCCUCGUCCGUCUUGCCACUACCUCUAUGCCUACCGUUACCGUCCUCACCACGGCUUUGGCAACCCCUUCUUCCAACCCUGCCUUCCACAAGUCCAUCGUCAGCUCUCUUCUCCCACACAUCCACGAGCUCGCAGUCCAGCAAUUCGGCCACAACCUCAUCAACGCCAUCGCCGAGGUGCCCAGCAAGGGUAAGGAGCGUAGUGUGCCCUUCCACAUGAAGGAGGCCAUCAUGGCGCGCCUUGGCGAGCAUGAGGCAGAGCUUCGAGAUAGCUGGAUGGGCAGAAGCGUGUGGCGAAACUGGAAGGGUGACAUGUGGAAGACACGGCGCCGAGACUGGAAGGUUUGGAUGCGAGAGGUUGAUGCUCAUAUUGAGUCAACCUUGCCUCAGCGAGGACGAGCUGCUGAGAAGCAGCAGGCCGCUCAAGACAAGCCUUCCAAGAAGGAGGAGCCAGUUGUUGAGGAUAAGAUGGAGGUGGAUGAGGUUGUAGAGAAGCCUGAAGAAGAGAAGAAGAAGGAGAAAAAGGACAAGAAGGAUAAGAAGGAAAAGCGCGAGAAGAAGGAGAAGAAGGACAAAAAGGAGAAGAAGGAGAAGAAGAAGAGCAAGCCAGAAGAAGCCGAAGUAGUGGCCGAGGAUGAGGAGUAA